GCCGCAAGCGGCAGCAGCUGCUGAUCUCUGACAUAUUUCCCCUUAUUACUGCUGCUGCCAUAUUGUGGCCACCCCUUCCUCCCCCCUCCACAAGCUUCAUGAGUACAGCCAACAAGAUUAAAUGGGUCCAGUAACUGGAAUGAGUCCAGAUAAGAAAGGUGAAACGCCAGGAGCAGAGAAGACAGUAGGGCUAAGGCAUAUCCAAAGAAUGGGAAGCCUGCCGGAGGCUGGGGAUGCGGCUCGGCCAAAGGCCACGGCUGUGGACAGUGACCUGGCUGACGACGAGCUCACAAACUUGAACUGGCUGCACGAAAGUACUAACCUCCUAACAAACUUCAGCCUCGGAAGUGAGGGUCUUCCAAUGGUCAGUCCUCUCUAUGACAUUGAGGGUGACAGCGUGCCAUCCUAUCCUUCGUCCUGCUACAUGAACGCAGAGAAGAAAUCUGCUACUUCCAAGCCCCCUUAUUCCUUUAGCCUUCUAAUCUACAUGGCAAUUGAACAUUCUCCUAACAAGAGCUUGCCGGUGAAAGAAAUUUACAGCUGGAUCCUGGAACGUUUCCCAUACUUUGCUACGGCCCCCACUGGAUGGAAGAACUCCGUGCGGCAUAAUCUUUCCCUUAACAAGUGUUUCCGAAAGGUGGAAAGAAGCCAUGGCAAGGUGAAUGGGAAAGGAUCUCUAUGGUGUGUGGACCCAGAAUAUAAGCCUAACCUUAUUCAGGCUCUGAAGAAGCAACCUUUCCCCUCUGCAUUUGCAUUUUAUACCCCGCCGGCAUCACCACUGAGUGGUUCAUCAUCUCCUCGCUACUUGACCUCAGUCUUGAAACAGAGUCAGGGUCAGUCUAUCAAAGACUCUGAUAUUGAUGCUGCUACUGCCAUGAUGCUGUUGAAUACUUCUAUUGAACAAGGCAUUUUAGAUUGUGAGAAGCCACAACCUCUCAAGCUCUCCAAGAAAAGGAACUAUGGCAGCGCAUUCCAUAAUCACAGUAUGGCCAGCCAGCAGGAGACCAGUUCCACGGUCCCCAACAUCGACCCCAAGGAGGAUCACAAUUACAGCGCCAGCAGUGUGGCCUCACAGCGUUGUGCAUCGUUGUCAAGUGUGUCUUCUCUGUCUUCCAUCGAUGAGGUGUAUGAAUUCGUCUCAGAGGCUAGCCGGGCUGGGAGCGAUGGCAGCGAAGGGUUCCACAGCGAAGAGGACACGGAUGGCGAUGACGAAGAAGACGACCCCCUGGCGGACAGCGGUUAUACCUCACAGCCGCGUGUUGCUCCUUCUGAUAAGAGCCAGCCUCACAAGACAGCCCUGGAAGAGCUCUGUCAAGAAAUAGACGAGGAACUGAAAGAGGCAGCUGGGUCACUGCUUCACUUAGCUGGGAUCAGCACAUGCCUAGGCUCCCUAAUAAGUACUGCAAAGACCCAUAACCAGAAACGAAGGAAAAAAGAAUAAUGACACCAUGUGAAAGAAAUAUAGAGUGAUAGAUAUAAAAUGCAUAUUUUAUUUUUUAGCGUGGCAAUACUCCUCUACUUUUUACCCUUCACAAGGGAGAUCAAAGCCAUAAAAAGGACUUUUUUGUUUGUUUUUUAUUUUUGCAGAUUAUAAUUUUGGUGAUUUUUUUUUAAUUUAAUUUUUUUUAAUGAAAGGUGGCAGUGGUGGCUUUUAGGUAUUGAGGAACUUAUUUAAUUGUGCAGUGCAUGUGGGAAGGGGAAACCUAACUCCUCUCCACCAAUAAUUUAGAAAAGUUGGGUAUUUAUGAUUUCCAGCAGAGUGGUUGGUUUCCCGCUAGUGACUCUGGUUGUAUCAUCUCAUGCUAAACGUGAACAUUUGCAUCUUGCCUUACGUACAAGAUCUUGUAUACAUCUUUGGUACAAGUGCAGCUUGAGGGAUGCAGAUGUGUCUCGUAAUUGUGUAACAUAUGGGCAAGGUGGGAAUGUGGAAUUGUGCCCCUAUCCGACCUCCAGGCCUACCUGAUGUUCACAGAUUAGGUUACAGGCCUCCUAGCCAUCAAAAUCAGGAAGUCAAGGUCAAGCAGAUUGGACCUGUGUGUGUGUGUUACCUCCUGUACCCGUGUAUUGAUUCCACAGAUCUUUGUGCUAAAGCAGCAGGAUCUGAGUCCAGUGGCACUUUAGAGACUAGCAAGAUUUUCAGCAUGUAAGCUUUUGAUAUUCAAAGCUCCCGUCUUCAGAUACCAGGUAGAUCCUGAAAAUCUUGUUUGUCUCUAGGGUGCCACUGGACUCAAAUCCUGCUGUUCUGCUGCAGACCAACAUGGCUAUCUGCCUGAAACGUAGUUCUAAGGGAGGCACUUUCCUCAGAUGGAAGGAGCCUUCCCCUGAUUCAAGCCUCUUUCAUUGACGUGUUCCUUCCAUUUGAGGGGACGUGCUUCCGCUAGUGGAAAGGAUCUUGGGGAACCUGCCCAUGGAUGCCUAUUCCAUCCAGCAUAUUGUUGCCAGAGUGGAGCAUGUGAUUCGGAUAAGUGGGCGCAAUCCCUGUCAUUCACUGUCUUACUGUUCAUGAACUUUGGGUCAUUACCGCAGUGUUUCUGCUGGACUUUAGAAAUUAGUGACAUAGAAGCCAUUCCUAUGUUCUGUAGGGAGCAUGACUUCCCAGCCUUGCUUUCCUUGUUGCGCCGCUGCUUCAUGCGCAAAGAGACGGUGGUCCAUGGUAACCUGAAUAAUAUAAAACUGCCAUCAUGGAUCACUUCCCAAGUUACGUUACUUGAUACCCGACAGUAUCGCAUAGGGCGGGGGGGGGGGGGCGGAAACGGCACGUGUGAGCUUGAAUAUUUUUGAAAGAGAGUAGUUAGUUUCCCAGUUUCAUUCACGUAGCAUUUUCCUCCUGGAUGUACCAAAAAAUAAGAAGCUGGUUCCUUCUUUCACUUCUUUAUUUUUUUAAGGUUGCUAACGUACACGUGUGUUUCUAAACCUAAGGUCACCCUUACUGUCUUGAUACCUACAUUAAGUGAAACAUACUGAAUGGCUGAAUUAUGAAUUGUUAUUUCAGAGACAACUUGAGCUUACAUGUUCAGGUAGAGGGUCUGCGUGAGGGAGGGUGACGCUCUUCUGAGUUGAAGUAGCCAGCUGACUUUGGCCCAGUUCGUGCAUCAAGGCUAUUCCACGACACACUGCGGGUACAGCGUCACAUACUGAGUGCCCUUCCACACAAAAACUCCUUUCCACAUAGAAAACCAGAUGUCAAAAAGGAAGGGUCCUGACCUAGCCUUCCUUUGACGGGCUAGAUUUCUGUGUUAAUCAUGUUUAUUUCAUGGGGGAGCAGUUUGAAGUGGUGUGGCCCAGACAUGAUGAGGACUGGGCCAAAUGAGUUCUCAUGCUGUCUCAAAGUCCUGGCUAUUUCUUUUUGACUUGCUGCAUUCUUCCCUUUUGAACUGCACUAACCUAACUUACCUUGAAGAGCCAGUAUCUAAAAUACAGCCUUAAGGGGCACCAUUUAAAGUGUGUGAACACAUACGCCUGUUAGGCCACUGAAGGCGGUUAUGACACACACUUUUCAUUGCAGGUAGCUUCCAUCUUUCUUGCAUAAGAGUAACUUAGGGGGUGAAAUUCUGACUCUUUUAAAAUCAGUGGGGAUUUUGCCAGUGACAACACAGCCAGGGAUAGCGCUGUUCUCCAUAUUCAUUAUCUCAGCAACAACACAUCCCUUGUCAAUUUUCCAGUUGACCCAAGAUCUCUGUAGUGGUUGAAAUAUGGCUGUACACAAUGUACACACUGUCUUACAGUGCAUGUGCUAGGAGAUUGCAAAUGUACUAGGAAAUUGCAAAAAGAAACAGGCCCCUCUGUGAACAGUGGCUGAGGGAGCCUUGCAUUUUCACAUUUGCAGGUCCUUUUGAUUGCAGGUGGGCUUGCGUGCUUGCAGUCUUAAAAAAUAGUUGUGUUACCACCUGAGUGUGCCACAAGGUAUGGUGCAAGCAUCUUCUGCUUUGCAUGUUCCAGUAGUGCAGUUGGAAAUGAGAUCAUCAGUCUGCUGCUCAAGGGCAACCAUGUAGUCCAGAUUACCCUUUAUCUCUUAUUGCUUAUAUGGGUGUGUUUGGGUGGUAGUGGGGGGGACCAGUGAGCUGCCCAAGCACAUGCAGUUUUUGAAAUAAGCCAUCUGUUGAUGUUUCUUAAGGGGAAUGUGGGAAAUGGCAUCCGAAAGGGGAUUGUGAUGUUUCCCGGCUAGUGAGUUUGCAGUACCCACUGGGCAGAAUCCACCAGCAGCUUUUUCUGUGCAAGCCCCACUGAGAUGAGGAUGAGUCCCUGCAAGAAAGGUGCAGCUACGCUCUUGUGUAACUCCUUUUCCUCUCGAGGGGUACUUUCACAAGCAGUGUUUAUGGAUGGGGGCUUCAGGGGGCCAUUGUGCCCUGUAAUUCUGAGAAUGAGUGUUUCGUAAUGAUCUAAGCAUCAGUGUAAGCCACAUCUUCCUGGUUUGGAGGGGCAGCUUGAAGUGUCAUUGACACGUCGUACUAUUCUCCUGUGGACUUGUAGUGCAAGAGCAAGGUUGCAAGCUGCUGCGAAAGCAAGUUUAUCCCUGGGGAAGGGGGGGGGCUGCUCCAAAUUACCGCAAUCCAAACCAGGUUUUGCAAAGCAGAUUGAAGCUAAAAUCUGACCAGUAACAGAGAUUCUCUGACUUAUUUUUGAGGGACAAGUAUUAGAUGGUCAGGGUUUUGUUGGUUUUUUAAAAAAAAAAUAACACUGCCUCUUCUUGAAUACUGCCUUCUUUAUACUCCUGUAGAAAUCCUGCCACUGUAAUCCUGUAGGCAUUCUUACGAAAUCCAAUCCAUUGGCCAUGAUCCAGCAAGCACAGCUGGGGCUUUCCUGUUACCAGCUCUGGAACAGUUUGCAUUGGCAGUAAAGACAGCCGAGCCUGAAGGUAGUUUGUUUGAUGGUAACUACCACUUAUCCGAUAAUAUCUGCAGAUAUUCUCCAGAUGGGCUGGCGUUAAGAUUCCAAGGCUCCAUGUAGCAUUUUGAGUAUUUCAGAGCAAAUCCUUGCUAAAACAAUAGCAACUGUAAAUGACUCCACCUUGUAAUCACAUUGCUAGUUCUAGACAAAAAAAAAAAUCUUGAAUGCAUGGAUGUUUGCACGCUCACCUGCUUGUACACGACUGUCUCCAAUGUAAAGCUUAAAUAUGUUUGGUGCACAUUCUGUAUGUCUCUUGCUUCUCCUUUUCAACCCAAAUGCUUUGACUGAUUGGCCAAAACAAUAAUCUGCCUGCCUAAAGUGCUUUUAGACUGACUUCCCUUGUUUUGAUAUUGUUCCCAGAAGAUCAGCCACAAGUCAGCAUGGGUAAGGAUUUACACCUAUAUCUACUUGUGAGUCAGACAUAGGACCAGGUAUGUGUGUGUAUGCGUGUGUAUGUUUUGACUGUGGGGAUUAAUUGGUGUAUUUAAUGGAAAAACAGGCAAGAUGUUUUAGAAAUAGUUACCAAGUGGUACAGAGCUUUGUAAAAAAAGUAUCACUGAACAAAGCAGUAAAAUGCAACCGAAACAUAGUGGAAACGUCAGGCAGAAGCCAGAACCAAAAAAUCUUGUAGAUUAAAAUGCUGGCUAUAAAUACAAAUUUUAUUUGCUAUACAAGGAGGUUGCAGGGAAGGACAUUCUGCUGUUGUGGGACCACCUAUGAAAAAGGACUUGGUCCAGUGGCCUUAGAUUCUACAUCCCUAAAAGAUGGUACUUGGAGCAAAGCCCCCGUGUCCUACUGCCUGGAUAAUUCAUAUGGGAGAGGAAAUCCCUGCAGGUGUACUUCACCCAGGCCAUGUAAGGCUCUUCUCCCAUGCCUGAACUUACAUAUGGGGAUAGGAAUGUAAACUUGCCGUAUCAGAAUUUUCAUGAGGGAUGUCAUUUGUGAGCCUCUCUCUUAAAUGACAAAAGGUAUGUGAAGUAGUGUCUGGCUCCUGCAGCUCAAAAUUAAUGUGAAUUCUCUGCUCACCAAUGGAAAGAGGCCUGUAUGUUUUGUGCAAAACACAACUUUUAAUUCCUGUAUGUUGUUCCUGACCAGAGAUGUCGACUCGCACUCACUAGCAUUUGUCCAAAGUACAUGUUUUAAUAACUUGUGAUUGUGAAAUGUUUUUAAGCAAUGCAAAUAACAGGACUGCUGUAUCUUUUUAAAAAGUAUUUCUUUAGGUCUUGCAUAUCUUUGAUGGUUGACAAGAACUAAAUUUAGAUCUUGCUAAAAUGGGCCAGACUUGAAAAUGAGGCUUCUUCCCUGAAACUUGAGUGUUCAGUCUUGUUGUCUUGCAUCUGACUUGAUAAGAGUUCUGUCUGAGGUCUCUUUCCCAACAGACAUUGUGCACAAUUAUCUCUCUCUAUGUGUCCUCCUUAUAUGAAUGCAGUAUUCAGUGUCAGUUCUAGAAAAUGUGUAGUACUUGUUGGCAUCGAUAACAGUUUCCCUAAUGAUAAUUUCUAUAGUUUUCCACAUAUAAUGGCAGAGCAAUAAAAGCAUUGUGGGAAGAGAAGCUGAGGAAAAAAAAACUCCACUUAAAAUCCAGUAUGAGGGCUGAAAUGGCUGCAGGGCAAGAAGUCUGGCUCCCACAGCAUUUAAGAGCCAGGCUGCACAUUAUACAGAAUAGGAUGGUAGAAUUCUUCACUAUACUGCUUCAGCCUACAGGUGGGAAGUAAUACUUUAGCAUUUCCUCCUAUGGUUGAAGAAAAAAAACCCUCUGCACCUAGAAACUUAACCUAUGGGGAUUACUGUAGCCCCUUCCCUCAUUUGGUGGUUUUCUGCAUCCAGGGAGCUUUCAAAAAUACAACCACAAAGACCCUUACCUUCAUUUUGAAGUGUCUCAGUCCAGAGUUUUUUCUCAUCUCGUACUGGGUGGUGUGUAGAUCUGUAAGAUGUCAGGAAGCAGGCCCUUCAUGCCUUUUGAGACAUUGAUUCCCUUGCAAAUGCCUUGUCACGGUCAAUAAGGAAAGAGAACUCUUACAGCAACAUUCCUGGAAUGGUCAAAAUGCAAAUCUCCUGUCUACCAUUCCCACAAUGACUUUACAAAAGAAUUGUAUUGUCAUGGAGUAGCAGUAUUGUGUGAGUGGGUCUUCGCUCCCUACUUUCUCAGCAUUAGAGGUUCACUACUCCCUAUUGGCUGCUGUAGUCCACGUUCUAGCUUCACUGUCUAUAUUCCCACAUAGCUGUACGUGUCUUCCUGUGGCCAAAAUCCAUCCAGAGCUCUGUCCUAGCAUAUAGAUGAAUCUUGAACGUUUUCUCCAACACACUCCUUCCCCUGUCACCACCUCCAUAGUGAAAUCCUUGCUUAGUUUGGCAUCUGGUUAAGUCAUGCGCAGACAGGACAGAUAGCCAGAUGAUGGUGGUGUUGAACGGGGCCAGACAUGCUUUGCUGACCCCUCCGCCCCCAAGACAGACUGGAGUGAACAUAGGCUGGGCAGUCAACGUGGCUAGAAUUGUAGUAUUGUGGUGAUGAGAACACUGAAUUUUUGCAGGUUCUGUCUUUGCUAGCUAGCCCAAGCACCAAACCAAGGGCAAUUGUUUUCUUUAUUACAGAAUAUUAAUGCCUUCCUAAUUUGUUCAAAGGUGCUCAUAUUUCCAGGUAUUUGUGUCUCCUUUGUGUCUUGAUCUUUCUUCCUAAUUAAGAUGUAGAUACACAUACUGAAAACAUAGGGUACUUUCAACAAUCCUCUAUUUCUCUCAGGAGUAGUUAUAUCUCUGAGUUAUACCUGGAAUAUCUACAAUAUUUCUGUCUGUAUUACACCACUCUUUAGUUAAAUUCUUGAAUUGGAGAUAAUCUGUGUCUUCACAAAAAGUAGAUCUUCCUGUGGCUCUGCUUCUUUAGAGUUUGGGUGGGGAACUGCAUGGUUGGAUACUCUUUACAUAUUGAAAAUGAGGGGGGUGGGGUUCAGGUGAUGCUAGAUCCCUUCUCCCUACUCUGUCUGCAGGGAAUUCUUGGGGAGGGGGGAGAAGUGUGCAAUUAUCCAGUCCCCUACCUGUAUUUAAAAUAGUACAGUCUCUAAAUGAGCAUGCCACACCACUUUCUGAAUAUACAACUAAGCCCUUAAUUACUGUUUUGUUUAUGUUUUAUGUAAGAAGGUAAGGAAGAGACAAUUUUAGAUCAAAUAUGUGCCUAGGUAAAGAGGAUAAACAGAAUUGUUUCCUGCAGCUAGAUUUAGGGAUUGAUAACAGUGGCUAAAUUCCUUUAAAGAAGAAUUUACUAUUGGGUAAGUGAAGGCGUUGCAAUGGUUUACCAGUAUUUCAAGGAGUACACCUUAAGAGGGGGAACUUGAAGUGUGACAGCACUGCUGCCAUCAAUGGCUUCCCCGUAUCAAUUGCUCUUCAUAAAAAAUGGGUCAGGCCCUUAUAUCCUGUUUCACUGACCCAACUCCACAUAUUUUUCACUGACCCAACUCCACAUAUUCCUUCAGCCACUGCUGAAGGAAUGCAUGUGUUGAUGCAGGAAUGAGGAGAUUCUACAUGAUGUGGGGCAAACAUUGAUACAGGGUGCCACAGUUGCAGGCUCGUGUGAAGUGUAGGCUAUGGCUUUGUUUCUGACUUCCCCUUCUGCUCACUUGAUCCAUAAGAACACAAUCCUGCAGUGUGAGGUGGGAAAAUAGCUGUUUAUAUAGUGCAACUCUGCUUAUGCUGCAUAAGAGCCAAACCUAGAGUUCUGCCCUUAAUGUGAUUUCAGGUUUAUUUUGGUUUUUUAAGUUUUUUUUGGGGGGGGGGAGUUGGGAGGGUAAAUCAGUUCAUACCAAAUUCUCAUUUUAGUAGGUAGAGUAUUAAAUGAAUCCAACUCUGUCCUGAAAUAAACAUGCAGAGGUUUCCGAGAGAGGGUUGCCCCUCCUUGAGAUAAAUACUGACACCAGUGCUGUGCAAAUCUUUCUCUUUCAUAUUCCACAGCAAAAUUAUAUCUUCUGUGAGAAUUGCAGGCAAUCCUUUAUAGAAAGCCCAACUUUGAACUUGUUCAUCUUUGUUUGGCCAAAGCAAUAGCUUUGGUUAAAGCAAAGCACACCUCACUAUGCUAAUAGCGAGGUAGUCAAAAUAUUUAUUGCAAAAGAAGAGUAUUUUUUAAAAUGUUGUACCUGUCAUUUAUUUAGAAAAGCACAUUCUCCACAGCUAACUGCCAGUGCCAAUAAAAGGUCUGUUUCAUAAGUGUACAUUUUUUCCAGACUUAAAGUGCAUAAUUUAAAAGUAUUAUGUUGCCAUCUUAUAGUGAUAUGAAAUGUUUAUAAUUGCCAAUUCAUUGUGACUAUUAUUUAUUUAAAACGUGAAAAUUUGUAAGAAUGCUUUCUGAUCAAAUUAGAGUUCUUUUGAAAAAUUACUGUUAGCUUGGUUUUUUUUUAACCUGACAUAGCAUAUGAGAGCCCCUUGGAUUUCUUUAGAAAAACUCUGACAGUAGAUUAAUCACCAAUUCUAACACUUCACCCCCCUUUCCCUGUUGAGUAGUUUUUGCCCGGUUUAAAGACAACUUUACAGAUAUUUUAGUUUUUGUAUGCUAACCUCUAUUAAUUAAAAUGUUUAUGGAGUUUAUUUUUA